AUGCCGUUCAAGUCUUUAUACGAACAUGUCGACAUCCCCCAAACCAACCUCCUGACGUAUCUCUUCGGCAAUGGAUCGAUACUCUCCCAAGAGCCCAUCUGGUUCAACGCCAAGGACCCCAGCAAGAAUCUCUCGCCGCAUCAGCUGGUGCAAUGGAUCCGGCGGCUGGGCCUCGGCCUGCAGCGGAUGGGCUUGAAGAGGGGAGACGUGGUCAUGAUGUGCUCGCCGAACCACAUCUUUGUGCCCGUUGCGUAUCUGGGCCUCACGGGCUCGGGCUACAUCUUUAGCGGUGCCAAUCCCGUCUUUACGGUUCAGGAUGAGCAUGGACAGCUAGCUAACUCAACCCUCUUCACCAACACCACAGAGCUCAGCUACCAGCUCAACAACACAGAAGCAAAGGCCGUCCUCGCUCACCCCAGCGUCCUCCCCAAAGUCCUCGAAGCCGCAUCCAGAGUCGGCAUCCCCAAGAACCGCAUCUUCCAGUUCUCCGACGAGGAAACCCCCGUCCAAGACGGCGUCCCCGACUGGCGAUCCGUGCUCGCCCCUCACCACGACGCCUUCAGAUGGCAAUGGCCCGAGUUGACCGCGGCCGAGGCCCGCACCACCGUCGCCACCAUCAACUUCAGCUCCGGCACGACCGGCCUCCCCAAGGGCGUCUGCGUGCCUCACUCCAGCCUCAUCGCCAACGUCGAGCAGGCCAACCACCUCCGCCACGUCCACAGGCAGCCCGAGUGGCAUCUCCAGCCGCGCAACCGCUGGAUCGGCCUGCUGCCGCUGUACCACGCCUACGGCCAGCUGUACGCCUGUCUCCUCGCCGGCAAGACGCUGACGCCCAUCUACAUCAUGUCCAAGUUCCACUACGAGGACUUCCUGGCCACCAUCCAGCGCUACCAAAUCACCCACCUGCAGAUUGCGCCGCCCAUCGUCGUCAUGCUCGCCAAGCGGCCCGAGACUGCGCGCUACGACCUCUCCAGCGUGCGUCACGCCGCGUGCGGUGCCGCGCCCCUGUCCAGGGAGCUGCAGGUGCUGUGCGAGAAGAAGCUCAACCUGCGCAUCACGCAGGGCUACGGCAUGACGGAGCUGACUUGCACCGGCAUCAGCUUCCCCGAGGGGCUGGAGGGCGAUAGCGGCGGCUCCGUGGGCAGAUUGCUUCCCAACUGCGAAUGCAAGCUGCUCGACGAUGACGGCAAGGAGGUUGGCGUGGGAACACCUGGCGAGCUCUUCAUCAGAGGCCCCAACGUGUGUUUGGGAUAUUGGAGGAACGAGGCAGCAACGCGAGAGUGUCUGGACAAGGACGGCUGGUUCAGAACUGGCGACAUUGCCGUUUGUGACAGCCAAGGCCUGUUUGCCAUUGUCGAUCGAAAAAAGGAGCUCAUCAAGGUCAACGGUCUGCAAGUCGCCCCGGCCGAGCUCGAAGCCGUCCUUUUAGAAAAUGAACACGUCGCCGACGCAGCAGUCGUCGAAAUCAAAUUCGACGAGGAGGAAUGGCCACGCGCAUACGUCGUCAUCCAGCCAUCGUCAAAGGGCAAAGUCACGCCCAAGGACAUCCAGGACUGGACCGCCACGCGCGUCGCCAAGCACAAGCGGCUGGUCGGCGGCGUCACUUUUAUCGACGAGGUGCCCAAGCUGGCCAGCGGCAAGAUUAUCCGCAAGCUGAUGAAGCAGUGGAGCAAGAGGGACGCCGAGGAGAUGGUGAAGAAUGGGACGCAGCCUGUGAGGUCGAAGCUGUAG